UUGAAAUAUUCGCGGAGGAAAGCGGCGGAGUUGAGAAAACUUCAGUCCGCCUGCUGCGACAGCGGGGCCGGCGUGGAGUCCCGCAGGAGUCCCGGUGGCGUCCCGGAGGACCGGGGGGCUGAGCCAUGGGCAUCCUGGCGGUGAUACGGAAGGAGUGGUUCAUCAUCGGCAUCGUACUGGUCAUCCUAUCCGCCAAAGUGCAGCCCAGCUUCGGAGUCAGAGGAGGUCCGUUGAAGCCGGAGGUCACCGUGGCGUACGUCGCCGUCGCCCUCAUCUUCUUCAACAGCGGCCUGUCGCUGAAAUCCGAGGAGCUGACCAGUGCUCUGUUUCACGUCCGCCUCCACCUAUUCGUUCAGUCCUUCACGCUCGUCUUCUUCCCGCUCGCCGUCUGGCUGCUGCUCAGAGUGCUGGCGUUCACCGCCAUCGACCAAUGGCUGCUCAGAGGGUUACAAACGGUGAGCUGCAUGCCCCCCCCGGUCUCCUCCGCUGUGAUCCUCACCAAGGCCGUCGGAGGAAACGAGGCAGCUGCAAUCUUCAACUCAGCAUUUGGAAGCUUCUUGGGGAUCAUAGUGACUCCAGGACUGCUGCUCCUGUUUCUCGGCUCCUCCUCCUCCGUCCCCUUCUCCUCCAUCUUCUCGCAGCUCUUCAUGACGGUGGUGGUCCCGCUGGUCCUGGGCCAGGCGUGCCGGAGCUUCCUGCGGGAGUUCCUGGACCGGCGAAAGCCUCCGUUCGGCACCGUCAGCAGCGCCGUCCUGCUCAUGAUCAUCUACACCACCUUCUGUGACACCUUCAGCAACCCCAGCAUCCAGCUGGACCCCACCAGCCUGCUGCUGGUGGUCCUGAUCAUUUUUGCGAUCCAGAUCAGCUUCAUGCUGCUCACCUUCACCUUUUCUACCAGGUCGGGCUCAGGAUUCACCCCCGCCGACACCGUGGCCAUCGUCUUCUGCUCCACCCACAAGUCCCUGACGCUCGGAAUCCCCAUGCUGAAGAUCGUGUUCGCAGGCUACCAGCACCUCUCCCUCAUCUCCGUCCCUCUGCUCAUCUACCACCCGGCUCAGAUCCUGCUGGGAUCCAUCCUCGUCCCGACCAUCAAGACCUGGAUGAACAGCCGCCAGAAGGAGGUGAAGCUGACGGCGCUGGAGCCCGUUUGACCAACCAGAGGACGACCACGGCGGGGGAGGGGGGCGUGGCCACAAUACGUGCCUUGUUACAACCAAUCAACGAAGACCUCAACGCGGCGGACGCUCGCCUCGACGUGUUUCUACAGAGUUUUCCAUCAUAUAGUGUUUUAUAUUUAAAAAGAAGCUUUAUUUUUCUAUGAAUACCUGAAUGGACCAGGAGGGGGGCGGGGUCUGUGCCUGAAGGGGCGGAGUUACCGGGACCAUCGAUGCUUCUUUUUUUUAUUCUUUUCUUCUAGCUGUUACUGCUGGAAGCUUUGUUACAGAUUGAACUGAAGCUGGGUUUGGGGAUCCAGCAAAGCGAAGGGCUCUUCCAGACGUUCUGAAGUCCCACCCGAGCCGUGAGGUAGGGACUCGAACCCACAGGUCAAAUCAUCUUCCAUCUGUUUACUUCUCGAUCGAACAAUCACCAGAGGUCAAGGCUCUCGUAAGCCAACGGGAAAGGCUAAAAUUGUUACGUUUAUUCUAACAAUCAGGUCACAAUAUCAAGCUGUAUGCAGAUGAUCCUGUUUCUUCUAUAUCUGAGUGUUUCUGUUACCAUGACACCAAAGUUCUGUUUCCUUUAAAGAGUUUGAGGUCUGACUGGG